AGUGAUUGGCAGGCGAGCGGGCCAAUCAGGGGCCGGCGCUCUUCCGGCUCCACGUCGGCAGCGGAGGAGGCAAAAUGGAGGCGCUGGUGCUGGAGCCGUCCCUGUACACGGUCAAGGCCAUCAUCAUCCUGGACAACGACGGCGAGCGGCUCUUCGCCAAGUACUACGAUGACACGUACCCCAGCGUGAAGGAGCAGCGCGCCUUCGAGAAGAACAUCUUCAGCAAGACACACCACAGUGACAGUGAGAUCGCGCUGCUGGACGGGCUGACCGUGGUGUACAAGAGCAGCAUCGACCUGUACUGCUGUGUGAUCGGGAGCGCCAGCCAGAACGAGCUGAUGCUCACGGCCGUGCUCAACUGCCUGUUCGACUCGCUGAGCCAAAUGCUGAGGAAGAACGUGGAGCGCCGGGCGCUGCUGGACAACAUGGAGGGGCUGUUCCUGGCCGUGGACGAGAUCGUGGACGGAGGGUGGGGCU